GAUAAAGCUCAUAGAGAGAGAGAAGAAAUGAUGAAGGCGAUGAUGAUGAUCUUAGCGGCGGCGAUGACGGUGAUGGCUUUGGUCUCGGUGCCUAUGGUGGAAGCACAGACUGAGUGUGUGAGUAAGCUAGUCCCUUGCUUCAGCUACUUGAACAUAACAACGAAGCCGUCCAAGGUUUGUUGUGACUCGAUCGAAGAAGCUGUUGAGAAAGAACUUAGCUGUCUAUGUACCAUCUACACAACUCCUGGUUUGCUCGCUCAGUUCAAUGUCUCUACUGCUCAAGCUCUUGGUCUCAGCAGUCGAUGCGAUGUCGAUACUAAUAUCUCUGCUUGUAACACUAAAGGAGCUCCAUCGCCAAAAGCUGCUUUACCUCCUCCAGCAGGAAGUAAUACCAAGAAAGACGCCGGAGCUGGAAACAAGGUCGCCGGUUAUGGAGUAGCCACCACCGUGGUCUUGUCUUUGAUCUCAUCCAUCUUCUUCUGAAACUCUUAAACCGGAUUUACCCGGUUUUCCGAUUGUUUAACCCGGUUUAUUGUUUCUUCAAUAAUUCUCGAGAUUUGUUUGCUUAUGGUUUAACUUAUUUAAUGAUUUAUUAUAUAUAAAAGUAUUUUUGGUUCA